AUGUCCGCACCCCAGCAAGGCCGUCAGUCCCCUGAGCCUGAGAGCCAGUCCGAUGCGCAGAAGGGCCAGCAGGCGCAGCCCAACCAGCAGGGCGGCGAGACCCAGACCAAGGAGAAGUCCGACGACCACAAGUCCGGUCUUCCCUCCAACCCCACCCACAUCCUCGAGAAGCACUCCGAGGAGACGACCAGCAAGACAACCACUCCCCCGAACUAA